UCUAAUGUGAUGUUUUCUUGGUUAUCAACAGAAAUUCUUUGCUAGAAGAAAUUUGUUACUACGAGUGGCUCAGUUGUUUUUUUUAAUCUUCUAUAUUUAUGUUUUUUUGUUAUUUUUUAUUGUGGGUAAGUCAAUUUAAUGAGAAAACAUUUAUUUUUCAGUUAAAGGAAAAAUAACAUGAAAGCUAUUUUACUUGUGGUAUUAAACUUGUGCUUGGUGGAAAUAUAUAAAGCUGCUGUUAAGACAGUCAAUACUUUAAAUCUUGAACAAUAUGCUGGUGCCUGGUACCAGGUGUACACAGAUCUAACAGUGAUCAGGUCCAUUCAAUUAGAUGCAAUGUGUGUUAAAACAAACUAUUCUAUACACAACAACCAAACAUUACUAGUCCAUGAAACGUUUAGAAAAUGGUCGCCACAUGGAGAGCCUGUUGAAAGAAUUGGGAAUAUCAUUCAGCCUAACAUAGCUCUGCCUGGGGAGCUUCGUAUGAAAUAUGAUGAAAUGCCAUAUGCCAACCCUUACCUUGUUAUUAAAUUGGGUCCUGUCAGUAAUAUAACUAAACAAUAUCAAUAUGCAAUCGUAACAGACAUGAACAAAGGUUCGCUUUAUAUUUAUGCACGAUGUGUACAUGAUUUUCGCAAAGACUAUAAAGAUGAAGCUUUAAAAUUUUGCCAUGACAAUGGCUUUAAAAGUUAUUACAAUGAGCCAAAGGAAACUCCACAACCGACUUCAUGUCAAUAUCUACUUUAAGAAAAACUUUACAGCAAAAAUAGAAGAUGGCGGUGGUAGAGCACAAGAAAAUGUAAUGUUGCAUGGAUUAGGGCAGGUAUCUCUUUUCAGGAAAAUUUAAAAUAUUUAAAAUUUUUAAAAUAAUUUUAUUACACUUUCUGUUAAUAUAUUUUAUUAUUUUGAUUAUCAUUUCAACAGUGGAAUCACAACAUAAGUUUCAUACAAAAUAUUGUUUCAUUAAAAUAUAACAUAAUAUAUUUCGUCUGAGCUUAAAAUUUAAAAUUUAGCAGCAUUAACUGUGUGCACACGUAAAACUGUCCUCAUAGGUAACUGAAUUCCCUCACUGUUUUGUUUUUUAAACAAAUGCUAUAGUUUCCGAAUGUUGUUUUUUUAACAGAUUUCUCCUUGGUUAUUUAAUUUUUCUUGACAAUGCAAUGUAUUGUUGUGGCUGCUGCUCUGACUGACUUAUUGUUUUGCAACGUUAUUGAUUUAGUCGUAGAAAAGUUGUUUUUAUGUGAAUCUUGAAUUUUUUAUAGUAAAAACUUGUUUUAAGCUGUAAUAACAUCCCAAUACUUUCAAAUGCAACACUGGGUUUGGUGUGGAGAGUUAGCCCAAUUUUUCCUUAAAAUUGGUCAUUAAAUUCAAUAACCAGUUUGUCACUGCAAUUUCAAUAUCCAAAAGUGAUAGCAGUAGCAAGAUUUCAUGCAGUAGCAAGACUUUUCAUAGUAUGUAGCUACCGUUUCUUGACGAGAUCUUCACAAUUGAACUGUAGUCAUCACCGCUUGAAAAUUCUCUUACUAUCAAGGAUGAAAACCAAAA